GGCAGGUUCCGCUCCAUCGGAAGAGCAGCACACUGGAUGGCUCGGCAGAUAAUUCGCUUUGUCCGGAGCGAUGGUGAGAACGGAUGCGCGAGGGAAAACGGCGGGAGCUUUGGUUUCCUGGCCGGAGGUGUUCGGUUUCGAGAGCAUCUGGCCAUAGCCAAUUUUGUUACAACGCACGCGUACUUGUAUAGCGGCCAUUAUCGAACACGGCGGGGACUUCUCAUCUUUACUUACCUGUGUGCCGAUGACGCGCGCCGGUAGCCCAUAAGGUCAGCUGGGAGGGCGCAAGGGAGCGUGUUGGAUGGGCCGCACCACCGUCGCCGUGUGCUGUGUGCCGUGUGUUGUGUAUGGCAUGCAGAUCAGAUCGGAUCAUGGAAGGGCAACCCAACGUCAAAUCCAGCGCCCUGCCCAGACGCAAACGAGGUCCUCAACCAUCACAGCAACACACCACACCGCACCACGCCACACCCCUCUCUCUCUCCGUGUGUGUGUCCAUCCAUCCCAUCCAUCCAUCGAUCAGGUGGCGAGAACCAGCACAUGUCCUCCAUCUCGUCCAGCAGUCAGAUGAGCCAGGGCAGCGGGGCGGCACCGAAUCGCAGCGGGCAAGGACGGGGCGAGGCGGGGGGCGGACAGAACCGAGGUCAGGCAUUGGGUGGCACAACCCACAGACAGACAGAGAGAGAAGUGCACGCACGCAGAAAUCGCCAAUCACUUCACUGCCGUCCAUUUAUUUGUGUGUGCAGGGGGUAGAGGUAAUGAUGGUGUGUGCGGGGUAGCUGGCACGACCGGCACAUCGUUUCGUUUGAUCCAUCAGUCGGGACGACGGUCAACCAACGAGGGACCGGUAAGAUGAGAAGGAAGCCAAAUUUGAUGCGUUCGACGAUGGUGGAGCUUCUCCCAUCGCAGGUAGGGAGGCGUCUGUCGCGUGAGGACCUCAUUCACAUCUCUGGCUAUGGCGUGUAGCCGCUCUACAACAACAGCAUCGCCACGGAGGCCGGGGCUCAGUGCCGCGAGCUCGACAUCGACUGCUCCAGGGCCGCCGACAGGGUCUUCUGGCAGGCGAUGCCCGUCAACGUGGCUAAGAGGUGGGGCGGCCGCAUGCCCAAACUCACCCGCAUCUGGUGCUGUCACCCGGCUGGCGAGGGCGCCUGGUGUCUGGACGCUGUCACGGCGCUCAUCGAAGGCCACACAGAGGGCCGCACAGCCAUGGUCGCGGAGAAGAGAGCAGAGGCGGAGAGGCGGGGAGAGGCGGCCAACAUCCCCGACGGCUCAGUCACGACAAUCACAUUUGAGGCGGCUGAGCUGACCGACGCGGACAUGCUGUCCGUCGGGCGCACCAACCCCACCCUCCCCCCUAGCUGUGCCCAGCCCCCCUCCCUCCCCGCCCUCACAUCCAUCAGCGGCCUCACUGCCCACCACCGUGGCAUCGGCAACCGCGGCUGGCGCGCCCCGUCGCUGGAGCGGGUGCAGGCGCACGAGCACAUCGACACGCUGGGGCCACUCGUCGGCUCGUCGGGGUGCCUGAGGGUGCUCGACGUGCCCUCGACGGUCAACCAGAAAGCCGAGGUGAUGGAGCAGGUGCCUGUUGCUGAAGAGGAGGGACAGCCGGGGCCGCUGGCGAACUUGGAGGAUAUCGGGCCGAUUGAGGUCUCCGGCGACGAUAUUGCGAAUUUGCUUACGUUGACGGUCUGGUCCACUCGGUUGCAGGUCAGCAGGCUAUCACUUUCAAAUGGACAACAGAUGACGCACUUACUGUGUCUAUACUUUUCCUUCCUCAGAUGCUGGGGUCGACCCUCGAGGCACGAGGCUGUCGUCGGUCCCUCAAGUCGCUGAAGGUCAAGUUCAUCGACUUUGCGGGUGCGAGCCACUGGGUCUUCGGGUUCGCCGAGGCCCUGCAGACAUUCGCCAGUGCGGUGUGCAUCGGGGACGCCCCGAUCAGCUUCACCAGUGCUGCAGGAUCGUUCAGCCUGAUGACCCUGCACAGCCACCUCUCCCCCCCUGCACCCUCACCCCUCCUCAAGACACUCAUGCGGCAGCUGGCCGACCAGGCGACAGAGGUGGCAGUCGACCUCAGGGGGUCCGACCUCGCCAUCCCGCCCACGCCUGCGAUGCUCGACAUGGCCAGAGGCCUGGCAUUCAACAAGGCCACGAGUGUGUUUGUGUUGGGUGUCCACCAGCCUGCACCAGCCGCCCCCGCCCCCGCCCCCGCCCCCACCCCCACCCACCCGGCCAUCGCCAUCAUCGACCAGAUCCAGCCGAUGCCGCAACCGUCGCAGCUGGUUCUCAACAAGCAGACGGCAUUGGCGGCCGGCACCCACAUGGCUGACAAGAUGCCCAACUUGCGGAUGCUGUCCGUCCUGGGCGGUGUGCCGGCGAAACAGGCGUCUGAGGCUAUCAAGGCGAUCGGGUGUGAGCGGGAGCUCGACAUGGUGGCUGCGAUUGAUAUUCGGGGUGUGGGCAGCGGGGGCAUCGACGUAGGGGAGCAUAGAGAGGGAUUCCCCCAGACGACCACACUGGUUGUCGAUCUCACAGGUGGGUGGGUUGGAGGGUAGACAGUCCCACAAAGACAGACACACAAAGAGACCUGCAUACGAAUGUCUGUCUGUGUGUCUCCAUCAGUUCCUGCUGGCGUCUCCGACUUCGUCGAGUUCAUCUGCUCGAGUACGAGAUCGCUGCUGCAGCUCAAGUGCAAGGCGCUGCUCCUCGAGCUGCGGGGCCUGGACGCGAAGACACGCAGCCUGCUCGAGUCUGCCGUGCCUGCACAGCUCAGCAGCCUGGAGGGCACGGCCAUAUCGUGCUCGCAGCGAGAUGAUAAGCUCAGUAUAUAUGCAUCAUGAUCGCUGCCAAGCAUUACAGUGGGUAGCUGCGGGCGUAUGGAAAUCGGACGGCCUGUCUGUGAGUUCGUGCCGUUCAUGUGUUGCAUGGCGUGAGACAGACGUUCACGUGAUGCUCAAUUGAAGAUAGAUUGCUGACGCG